AAAAAUGACAGAAAAAUUGGGGUAUUAUGAAUAGUUGUCUGAGAAUUAAGUUAACUCCAAGGGAGAGAAUAUAAUGAAGCUUUGUCAUAAAUAAUGGAUAUGAUUACUGAAAUUGGUUAGUUUUGAGUUGGGGCCGGGAGAGAAUACGUUCUGUUAGCUCAGUUGGUUUUCAGCCAUUCAUUUCUAAUGGGUUGUGAAGUUAUAUACAGUGUAGAUAUACCAGGCAGGAUGUAACAGUUUUGACAGGAAACUCAAGUCACUAUAGCUAUUGAGAGAAGCAACGACAAGCAGACAAUGAAAUGGCUUGUUUAAACUUAAUCGCGGAUUUUUAAAUACCUAAUUUAAUUGUAAUGAUGAUUGCUGGUGCCAUUCUAUGAGUGUUUUUGUCGAAUGUGAAAUUGCUGCACUUCAAGUGGACUGGAAUUAAAAACAAGAAAAUGUCUGGAGCAGAAGAAAAUGGCCGCCCAGGAGAUUCAGACUCCGACAUUAUGGCAGAGCCCGGGGCUGGGUUUGAUGCCAAAGGCUUUGGGCUUCGAGCCCAGAAGAAGCUGCUCGGCAAAAUGUCCAGCAAAAAAAUUGUCAAACACUUCAUUGACGACUCUACCAGCCAAGUUUUAGACAACACCUAUAAGAUAAUGAAAGCCUUCACAGGGGACAAGAAGCAAGCCGAGAAGUUACUCAAGUACAUCAUCAAAACCAUCAUUAAGGUGGGCAUUCUGUUUAGAAAUGAUCAGUUCAAUGCCAGUGAACUCCAGGUGGUAGAGUCCUUCAAAAGCAAGUUUCAUUCCCUUGUCAUGACUGUUGUAAGCUUCCACGAGGUGGACUUCACCUACGACAAGCCAUUCCUGAAAUCCAGCAUAGAGGAGUGCCGGCAACUUCUACAAAGCAUCAUACAGCGACACCUCACGGACAAAUCCAAGGGCCGUGUGGACACUGUGUUCGAAUUCUUUGAGGGAGAGGAAUUAAUGGACGCACUGUUCAAUCCUUCAGGGCCCCACAAGAAGGAAAUGGACAGCAUCACUGCUGAUAUGCACAAAAUGAUGGACGAAGGAAACCUUUAACCUUUGGCAUGUAUAGAAGUGAAUCCUAUGUGUGUAUCAAAUUAAUCCUGCAGCAAUGUGAAUGCAAUCAUAGAUCUAUAAAAAAGUGUUUUUUUAAGUGUUUAACUGUCUAAGAAAGAUUCUAUUGAAUUGUUUUAAGAAAACAAUUUUUGCAGUAUUACACAAACCCCCAUGCAAAAUUUUUUAAAAGAAGAAGAAUUAUAAUAAGUUACUAGUAUUUUGAGACUUCUUUUUACCAUGGAAGAGUGCUUGAUCUUGUUAUAAAUGAUUUAUUUGUGUUAUCAUUACAUAUAGUUUAUGUCCAUGUUAUUAUGUACAUAAAGUUUCAUAAUGAGUUUAUUGAGUCAUAUGUUAAUUGCCAUUGCAGGUAAUUUUUGAAUUUUUGAACUUAACCUCUUUUUUCAAUUGUCAGCAAAGUUAAAUUUUUACUUGACACAGUCUGAGUUUUUCGUAUAGUUUAUGGAGAAGGGAGGUAAUGUAGCUCUACCAAUUGCCAAUGUCUAUGAUGACUAUUUUCCUUGAAGGAAACAAUGAACUGAGUUUAAAUGUUUUGCAUUCAUCAGACUCAUCCAUAUUGAGACAAAAUAAGUAAAUAUUAAAGUGUUUAUUAGAGUUCCUAAUUUUUUAGAAAUGUAUGUACUGUGGUUUCAAGAAAUGUAUUCCUGGACAUCAAUUUUUUUUAGUAUAAGUAAAUUCAAGGUUGCAUAAAUUUGUAGACAAUGACCUUUUUGGUACAAUAUGUUAUCAGGUAUCAAAGUUCAAAAAUUGUUGAUAAAACCACAGUAUAUGCAUUAAGGGAGAGUCUUCAAAUGCAUCUGAAAAACAAAAAAUACAUCUGAAAAAGAAAUAUUAAUACUAAAUUUUUGUUAAAUUUAUCUGAAAAUUUUGCAGGCCUUAUGUUCUAUGAGAAAACAAAUCAGCGUAAAACAUGCAUACAUGUAUUUAAGUCAAACAGAGUGUAUAAGAAGUGUUUUGUAUUGCAGUUGAUGAUUAUAUUAAGUUUGAUUUCAUAUAUGUCUCAUAACAUGUAAUUGCUUUAGAUUACAUUCCAUCUUAUUUUUAUGUAAAAGAUUUUUUUUUCUUCAUAUGAAUAUUCUUAUAGUUGUGUUCAGUUAAUCCUUUAACUGUGAAAAAUUGGUGCUGCCAGCACUUUAUGAUUUUUUUUCAUUGUAUAUACAUGUAUAAUGUAUACAGAUUUCAUCAAUAUAUUAUUUACUUUCACAAUUUCUAAAUAUUCUACAUUUCUUAGCAAUGAUGAUUUAAGCAGGGUAAAUAUUUCUUGCAUUCUGGUAUACAUACAACUGUCCUUUUAUUUCUUACAUUAAAAUUACCACCCCAUUGAAGCUAUUAUUAAAAGUGUACUUCAAAUCCAAAAUUUCUUUUGUGUAUCACAAAAUUUGUGAAAAUUUGGCAUAUAUAUAUGAUCUUUUUUAAUUGUGUCGUAUUUUUUUUUUUUUUGGUUUAUAAAGUCUUUAUUAAUAGUAACCUAUAUAAGAUACAGUUUCUGUGUAUUUUAAUUUUUGGGAUUUGAAAGUGGUCGCAGAAAAAGGCGAAAAAGAGAUCAUCACAAAAAUAAACAGAUAUAUGGUAUGUAACAACAGAUAUUGACAUGUAUUAAAUUCAUCUGAGUGACUUUAACCUCCUCAAACUUUACAAUGUCAGCAAACACAUAUGCAACCUUCCCAUGAACUUAUCUUGGUAUUUUUUCCUUAUUGAAUGAACCAUCCGAUUUGUCUUCCUGUUAGCUUUGUAUGGUUUGACUCUUAAUUUAGAUAGUACUGUAAUUAGAUAUUACCCCAGCACAACUAGGAAAAGGGAAUCGGCCAUUAAAGAUGAAGAGUUUUUGUAUCUGUGCCUAAUAGAUUUUAGAAAGAGACUGUUUUAUACUCUGAUUUGUUUAUUUCUACAGAAAACGAGACUAGUCAUUUAUCCAAACUGUGCUAAGACUUCGACCUUGUUACCCUGUUAUCUAAAUGAGAAGGAAAUAUUUCUACAAAUCUUAAUUUACACAGCUUAGGUCAGCCGUUUAUUUAUCUUUUCUUCUUCUUUUUUUCCCUCUUAGCAUCUUUGAUUAUAGUGCUAAACCGCCUGUAUGUCAAGUAAACAUAUAUAUCUUUUUUUUUUAAAUUUAUAUAGAAAUAUUUACAGGGAAAUGUUAUUCUACUUUUUAUAUUCAUAUUUGAACAUUACAGACUUGAAGAAAAAAAAGAUAAUGUGUAUUUUUUUUUUUUAUGAAACUUAAGGAAGUUAAAUUGAUUUUAAUUAUUUUCAUUGAUGGCUUUAAUGCUACUUGUUAAGGAAAGGGAAAUUUUAAAUAAAUUUCAAGUGCUUUAAAAAUAUGGCUAUGAUGCUACUGAUAAAUUUAAAAAAGGGGGGGGGGGCACAAUGUAAUGCCAUCAUUUACUAUGCAAUCUUAUCCUUACCAUACAUGUAUAUCAAACACUCAAAUCAGGUUUUUUGAGUAUACCGCAUAUGUAUUGCAGUUAAAAUGAAUACAUGUAUAUCUAAUAAUUUACAUCAUUUUUUUAGUUGAACGAUGACCAAUAAAGUUCAUAGAAAUUUAAUAAAUGGUAAUUGAUGCUUGAAAAAAAAAAUUAGAAAUGAAAUAUGUUGCUCAUGAAUUGUUGCAUUCAAAGAAAAAGAGAAAAGCAUUUUUAUAAGAAAAUAUUUUUGUUGAACUUCCAACCUUUAAACCAGGUGCUCACUUGUUCUUCCUGCUGAAAAAGAUGUUUACAAUUGUCAAAACUGAUGUGACCCUUAGUGUAUAACCAAUAAAAAGUAUUAUGAUAUAUGAAAAUGAUAUCCUUGAGAAAAUAAUUGAUGAAACACCAUUCAUGAAGACACCAUUCAUAAAGAAUUAAUAAAGAUCAUAUGGUCUUCUUUUUUUGGGGGGGGGGGGUGGUAGCAAAUAACAAAUAAAUUCACAAAUCAUCAGAUAUCUCUAAAACAGGCUUAUUUUUUGUUAUGUUUUGAGUAAUAUUUUAAAAUCCAAUUAUGAACUUUGUUUACCUUAUUUGAUGCUUGUAUUUUUCUUAGAGUAAAAACUUAACAGUGUUUAUUGUAUGAAAUACUUGUAUGAAGUCAUUUUAAGCUUGCCUCAGUCUUUUUUUUUCUUUUUUUAAGUACCGGUAAUGAAUGACACAACACUUACUGCAAGGGUACAUUGUAUAGAGAACCAAGGAAAUAAUAGGUUAUUUAUAUAUAUUUCUACAGUAUACUUAAUUAUGUAUAAUAUGGUAUACAUAUUUAGCUCCAUGAAGAGAUUUUGUUGGAUAUAUAUAUAUAUAUAUAUGAGAGAGAGAGAGAGAGAGAGAGAGAGAGAGAGAGAGAGAUUUCAUGAAAUAAAUAUUUUUACACUCUAUGUAAAAUAAGCAAUAAGGAACUAGUGAUAAGUGUCACGAAGUACAUGUAUUUAACAUCAGGUACUGUAAAUAAAAUUUAUGCUUUCUGUUAAA